CUACUUCUCUGUACUGUUGUUAAGCGCCUGGUCAGGAGUACGCCAGUCGGAUUUAACGGAGUGACGUGUGGCACAACACGAUCACUGCCUCGGCACUUGGGAGAGAACUAGUUCAAAGACUCCACGUAUGUGCAAGAUGAUCAACCAGCACGUCUACAAAGAGAUCCCCCAGCUGAUUGCUUCAUUCAGUGUGUGAGAAGACAGCUGAGAAUUGUGGCAGCCCUGCACUCAAUGCUCCGAGCAUCUCACAGUUCCUGGCUGAGAAGGUGUGCGGCGACCAAAAACAACCUGGACUUCUACCUGUUGACCCUGACCACAAGGGGUCCCUGCGGGUGACCCCCCCCCCCCUCCAACCCCCCUCACCACCACCUCCGAUUUGAUGCUCCAUAAACACCAUGCACCGGAGCUGGUGUGGAUUUAACCCUGCCCUUUAAAAGCGCCGAACCUCCCGCGUCCCUUCACCUGCCAUCCGAGGACACGCCCACCGGCCGAGAUGACGGGGGUAGCGGCGUGGUCCGCCAAGGACGUCGCGGACUGGCUGAGCAAAGAGGGCAUGAUGGAGUACAUCGACGCCCUCCGCCAGACGGACGGCGCCGCCUUGCUGCAGCUCACGCAGGCCGACUUUCACCGACCGCCGCUCCUGCUGGUGUCGUCGGACGGCGGGCAGCAGCUGCUGGAGCGCCUGGAGACACUGCGGAUCGAGACCCACAUCGAGGCGCACAAGAACGGUCACGCGAACGGCCACGCCGGCGGCCUGCCCAACGGGACGGUUCAACCCCAACGGAACGGGACGUUGCGGACGGCGGAGAUGGUGCGCAUUCCCAUCCCUCCGAUGGAGGCCUCGCGCACCUCCUUCCCGCCCGAGUGGGGCAAGACAGGCGUGGCCUUCGUCUACGCGGUGGUGUGCUUCGUCACCACCACCGUCGUGAUCUCGGUGGUCCACGAAAGGGUGCCGCCGAAAGAGCACACCCCGCCGCUGCCCGACAAAUUUUUUGACCUGUUCAACAGGGUCGAAUGGGCCUUCUCCAUCUGCGAGAUUAAUGGCAUGCUGCUGGUGGCGCUGUGGCUCUUACAGUGGGCUGUCCUAAAGCACAGGUCAAUCAUAGGCAGACGCUUCUUUUUCAUUGUGGGUACACUGUAUUUGUAUCGGUGUAUUACCAUGUACAUCACCACUCUGCCUGUCCCCGGGAUGCACUUCAAAUGCUCUCCGAAGCUUCUGGGCGACUGGGAAGCGCAGAUGAGGAGAGUGAUGAAGAUGAUUGCCGGCGGCGGCCUCUCCAUCACGGGCUCCCACACCAUGUGCGGAGAUUACCUGUACAGCGGCCACACGGUCAUGCUAACGCUAACAUACCUCUUCAUCAAGGAGUAUUCCCCCAGACGGUUCUGGUGGUACCACUGGUUCUGCUGGACCUUGAGCGCCGUGGGAGUCUUCUGCAUCCUUCUGGCGCAUGACCACUACACUGUGGAUGUGGUGGUGGCCUACUUUAUUACGACACGCCUCUUUUGGUGGUACCACACGAUGGCCAACCAGCAGUCGCUGAAAGAGACAUCGCAGAGUAACCUUUUCUCGCGGGUGUGGUGGUACCAGCUCUUCCUGUACUUGGAGGAGAACGUCAGCGGCAUCGUUCCCCGCUCGUACCAGCUGCCGCCGUGGGUGCGAACUGUGCAGUGGAACCGCGGCGUCAUGUACAGCCGGCUUGAUGUCCAGUGACGCUCACCGCGACGUCACGGCAGGCAGGACUGUGAAUUCCAAAAGUGCUGUUUUGUUUUUUUAAGGCAGAACGUACUGUUUUGAUGUAGCGCAAUCCUUCCCCUCGUCCCUCUGAAAGCAGGUGAUGCCUCUGUUAUCUCUCCUGUCCCUUCUUUUUUUUUUGUUUGUAUUUUUGUUCUCUGCAGGUAGCAUCUAAUAUGUCUUUUUAUUUGUUUUGGUAUAUCGUUCUCUUUGUGUCACUUAACAGUUUCAAACAUUUAAAAAAUAUAUAUCCUCAGUAAUAUUAAUGUAUCUAACAAGUAGUUUUUCCCCACUUGCACUUAGCGCAAAAUCAACGUAAUGUCUUUGUGCUUUUUUUUUUACUCUCCCAGUCGUAGUUGUCUCAUAAAAAAUGUCCUUUCUU